GAAGAUUGCCGAUCGCGCGAUCGCGACGCCGCGAGCCAGACUCGAGCAGUCGCGCGUCGACUCCACGUGUCGCUCUCUCCUCCAACACCAACCAACACCACCAACACCACCAACACCUCCACUUUCCACGCGCCGCGAUUGUACGGCCUAUGGGGGACUAGGCGGGCGAAGUCGACCGCGAUGGACUACGAGGAGGAGCAGAGGAACGAGCUGGAAGCGCUCGAGUCAAUCUACCCGGACUGCUUCUCGGUGUUGACAGUGGCACCACCAGCCUUCACGAUAACACUGACUUCUGACAUCGGAGACGACAGCAAUCAAGAUGUGCAGGUCACGCUCAAGUUCACAUACGUGGAAAAGUACCCCGACGAACCUCCGCUCUUCGAGGUGGUCGGCCAGGAGAACCUGAUGGACGAAGAUGUCGCCGACAUCACACGGCUGCUGGAGGAGCAGGCCACGGAGAACCUGGGCAUGGCGAUGAUUUUCACCUUCGCAUCCGCCGUACAGGAGCGACUCAAUGAGCUCGUUGAUCAGAUGAAAGUGCGCAAAGAGGAGGACCUGCAGCGGCAACAGCGAGAGGCUGAGGAGGCCGAAAAGGUAACCUUCCAUGGCACACCAGUCACGAUCGAAAACUUCCUUUCCUGGAAGGCGAAGUUUGACCAAGAGAGGUUGGAAAUGAAAAAGAAGAAACAACUGCGAGAGGAGGAGCAAAUUGGGAAAUCGAAGCUUUCAGGGAAGCAGCUGUUUGAGACGGACAGAAACCUGGACACGUCCGACAUGCAGUUUCUGGAGGAAGGAGACAACGUGGAGGUGGACGAGUCGCUCUUCCAAGACAUGGAGGACCUGGACAUUGACGAAGACGACGAUGAGGAUGAGGACCCGACCUUUAACCCCGCCGAUCUGGACAGUGACGAGAACUGAGAGCCCCCCACGCUCGAGUAAACUACAAAAAAAAAUACUCUACCUACCCGACGCGUCGGAGGAGCGCGAUUGUCGACACUGGCUGCGUGCGUGCAAUGUCGUGUCCCGUGGAGUACCAGAGGCCUCCACGAUAGCGUGUCGAUUCUUUUGUCUUCAUUCACCUGGCGGCUUCAUAUGCACGAGGCUCCGUUUGAAGCGUUGCCUGCCUUUGUUUUACAACGCGGGAGGUGGAAUCCUCCAGGCACUAAUAUUACUGUCGUCGGACAAGCGCAGUAGUGCACACAAUGACAAAGUAUUAAUGGCCUAAUUAUUUUGAAGCUCGCUCGUCGAUUCACCCGCUCGUGUGCACGCCUUGCAUCCCAUCGUGACAACCAGCGACGCAACACCGGAAUAAACAUUUUUACAUCGACGCA